CGCGGUCCCGUUGUCGGACACGCGCUUGCUUUCACAGCCGUUCUACUGUUUGCUCGUUUUCUGUUUCUUUGGCUUCCAGUUGUUUGGAUGUUUUGCGCUCUAGAAAAAGCCUCUUUAAAUGUAGCACCAGGACAAGAUGUCGGGUACGCAUAGUUUACUUCAGUUGUUUCAGCUGAAGAGUGCAGUUUGACUCGUGUAAACAAAUUUAGCCCUGUUUCAGGACGACUUGACGGAGGAGAUUGACGGAUCACUGGACUUUGUGUCACAAGAUGAGAUGUUGACGCCUUUGGGAAGACUGGAUAAAUACGCUGCAAGUGAAAAUAUUUUUAACAGACAAAUGGUAGCACGAAGUUUGUUGGACACCUUAAAAGCAGUAAGUGAAGAUGAAAGGGACUGCAUUGCUGUGCUGGAGAGAAUUAGUAGACUUGCUGAAGAUUCAGAGCCUACAGUGCGGACAGAACUAAUGGAGCAGGUUCCUCAUAUAGCGAUUUUCUGUCAAGAAAACAGGCCUUCCAUUCCAUAUGCUUUCUCCAAAUAUUUGUUACCAAUUGUGGUUAGGUACCUCGCAGAUCAAAAUAACCAGGUCCGUAAAACAAGCCAAGCAGCACUGUUGGUACUACUGGAACAGGACCUUAUUGAAAGGCAUGAUGUGGAAACCAAAGUGUGUCCAGUCCUUGUGGACCUUACUGCCCCUGACAGCAAUGAUGAUGUUAAAACAGAAGCAAUGGCUAUUAUUUGUAAAAUGGCACCCAUGGUUGGUAAAGACAUAACAGAGAGACUUUUCCUGCCCAGGUUUUGUGAGAUGUGUUGUGACUGUAGAAUGUUUCAUGUUCGUAAGGUAUGUGCGGCAAAUUUUGGGGACAUUUGCACUGUGGUAGGCAGAGAAGCCACGGAAGAGCUCCUGCUGCCUAGAUUCUUUCAGCUCUGUUCUGAUAAUGUCUGGGGUGUGCGGAAAGCCUGUGCUGAAUGUUUCAUGACUGUUUCCUCUGCAACAUCUCAGGAAAUUCGAAGGACAAAGCUCUCUGCUCUUUUUAUUAACCUCAUCAGUGACCCUUCCAGAUGGGUUCGUCAGGCUGCUUUUCAGUCUCUUGGCCAGUUUAUUUCCACAUUUGCCAGUCCAACAAGUUCUGGUCAGUACUUCAAAGAUGGAAAUGAAUUACAAGAGCUUAACACUAAUGCAACAUCGGCAAACAGUUCGAAUCCAGGACCGACAUCGAGAAUUUCAGAAGAGUCUAAUCCUGAUUACUGCGAGAAAGGGAUCCUUUGUACAAAAGAAGAAGAACAUCAACAGGAAACAGAAGUUAAAGAGGUCAACCAGCCUUAUGUGAUUAUGCAGAAUGUUCAUUCUUCUGAAACUGCAGAAAGCAAUAAUUGUCAUGAGGACAACAGUCAAGAACUCUAUGACCAGCAAGACUCACUUAGUGUAAUGCCAGCAGAGAACACCCAGGGAUAUGAUUUACAAGUUUGUUGCAACCCGCAAGGGCAGGACAUCUUGGCCGUUGUAGACGACCUGGAUAUUUCAGACUCACUACAGACUUCUGAGGGCUCUAAGGAAACUUUGCCCACAUUGUCUUCAGACUGUGUUCCUUCAUGUUAUAGAAGCAAAGUUGCAGCAAGUGACUCUGUACCAGAUCAAGAACUAUACAACUCAUUCCAUUACUGGCGAACUCCUAUUCCCCAGAUUGACCUGGAUUUAGAACUACUGUCACAAGAAGCAACUGAGGAUACUCAAAAAAGCUUCCAGAAUCCCAUUUCUUCAGAGAAUAUGUCUUCUAUUAGUCCUGCACGGAGAAAGGAACUAGAGGAAAUGAUUGAAAACCUAGAACCACAUGUGGAUGACCCAGAUGUAAAAGCACAAGUAGAUGUAUUGACUGCUGCACUGAGAGCCACCACAAUAGACUCCCAUCUGAAAAGCUCCAGCCAUAAGCACCGUGAUCAUCUGAUUGAACACAAGAGAGAUACAGCCUGUCGGGACCAGUUUACCGCAGAACAAGUGCCUUUAAUCACAAACACAGCAGACACUGAGAGUCUCAAAUCUAGUCUUCAUUUUAUACAUGACGAUGAUUCAGAGAUAAGCGAGGGCAGUCUUAGCCCAGAAGAAGAGAGAAAAUCCAAGCAGCAGGAUGUUGUACCGCAAGUGCUUUUGGAUCAGUACUUGUCCAUGACAGAUCCAUCCCGUGCCCAGACUGUUGAUACAGAAAUAGCAAAACAUUGUGCCUACAGCCUUCCUGGUGUAGCACUCACCCUUGGCAGACAGAACUGGCACUGCUUAAAAGAUACAUAUGAAACUCUGGCAUCUGAUAUGCAGUGGAAAGUCCGAAGAACACUUGCGUUUUCAAUCCAUGAGUUGGCAGUUAUUCUUGGAGACCAGCUAACUGCUGCCGACCUGGUUCCCAUUUUUAAUGGGUUCCUUAAGGAUUUGGAUGAAGUCAGGAUUGGAGUUCUCAAGCACCUGUAUGACUUUCUUAAGCUGCUUCAUGAGGAGAUGAGGAGAGAAUAUUUAUGCCAGCUGCAGGAAUUCCUGAUCACUGAUAAUAGCAGAAACUGGCGUUUCAGAGCUGAACUGGCAGAGCAAUUAAUUUUACUACUAGAGCUUUACAGUGGCAAGGAUGUAUAUGAGUACUUGAGACCUUUAGCAUUCAGCCUGUGUACAGAUAGAAUUUCUUCAGUCCGAUGGAUCUCUUAUAAAUUGAUUAGUGAAAUCAUUAGAAAACUUGCUUCAGAUUCUACAUUAGCCACCAACUUUUUGAUUGAGUUGGUGGAAAAGUUCUGUCACUGUCCGAAAUGGUCAGGUAGACAGGCGUUUGCUUUCAUUUGUCAGUUAGUGAUUGAAGAUGACUGCGUAACUAUGGACCUGUUUGCCGAGUACAUGCUACCUCCUCUGCUUCAGUUAGUCUUUGAUCCAGUUCCAAAUGUCCGAAUCCUACUUGCAAAGACUCUCCGGCAAAGUCUUUUAGACAAAGAUUAUUUCUUGCACUCUGCCAACUCCCAUCAGGAGUCAUUAGAGCAAACCUUGGUAGCACUCCAGAUGGAUCACGACAAGGAUGUCAAAUACUUUGCCAGUUUUCAUCCUGCCAGCACCCGCUUGGCGGACGAUGCCAUGAGCACAGCCUCCUCGACGUACUGAAUGCCUUUCCUUCGGUCGUUCCAAGAUGUCUUCCUGUUUACUGAGGCAGAUUUAUUAUCGGGGACUCACUUGUCUGCACCAAAACUUCCCAGAAUCACCAAAAGCAUUUUUUUUUGGCUGUCUGGCGGUUUCUGGCACAAUUUAAAAAAAGAAAAAGAAACCCUACCUUGUGGAUACCUGGCGUCCUCUUUAAGGUUUUAUCUUUCACACUUUUUUAUAUUUAAUUUUUGUGAACAUUUUUGGACUUCUCUCAAAUGUUUGUACUUGCCGGUGAAGCCUUAAAAUCGUCUUCCUCAGUUAAGUAAAUACUUGAAAGCCUCAAGCAGUUGGGGUUGUGGGGGGCUGCAGUGUGGGGGGGGCUCUUCUGCAGGGAGCGUCUCUGUGAAAGGAGGAGCUGGCUGUCUGUUUUAAGAACAGUCCGCUCAGGCAGGAGAACAGUUGCUGCUUUUUAUCGAGUGCCGCUGCUGCUGCUGCUGCCUCCGCCGCCGUCUGAAAACGUGGAAAUGUCCAGUUUCUAAUCUCGUAAAGGAGGGCUUUUAAUGAAUUUGUCGGAAACAGCAGUCGUCUCGCUGGCUUUGCUGGAGUUUAUGACGUGUAGUCCACUGCCUUCCCAGUCCUGGUUUACCUGAAGUGUUGCCGCCCUUCCCACAUGCAGAUCUUCAGAGUGCCUGAGAGCGGCGCCAGCUAAGGAAGUGCUAGAUGAGAACUUAUUAAAAAGAUGGCCACACGUGUACUUGAAGAUAUUUUAACUUGAAUCACUAAGGUGCUCUCUUUCACGAUCAUCAAGGCCUUUUCUUUUCUUUCAGAUUUUGUACACAAUGGUUGAGCAUCAUGAAAAUGAAUUGUGAUGGAAACUGUUAGUAAUUUUUCAAAUAAAGCAAACGACUUCAAAACCUUUUAGUGAUUUGUCAGAGUUGGCAUGGAUGACUCUUUUCAGUCUCUUAGCGCAUCGCUCGGCUUUAAUGCUCGUAUUAUUCAUAUGGAAAGCAUUGGGAAGGCUGACACCUUUGGUGUUUUUAUGUAUCAGGAUGUGACGAGCAUCCUAACCAUUUCUAGCAAAGUGUGAUUGUGUUUGUGAAAGGCUGAAGUCUUGAGGUUGAUCGCUCCAUGAGCUCUGACAUCAGGCUGAGGACAUCCACCUCUCUGUCACUCCCUGCCCAAAUCCACAUUGUUGGCACCAUUUUGAUUGUGGGGUUUCCUCAUUUCGGUGGUAAAGAAGGUGCAUUCAAGAUUGGCUUCUGAUUUUAUGCGUUGUGUUACAUGAUGGAUGAAAUGCUGUCAAAGAUUUUGUUUUAUUUCAGUGGACUCGGCCUUAUGCUUAUUGUGGUGUAUCCGGGAUUGGGUGGAGGGGAUUACCGAGUUCCUAAAAUAUGUUACAAUGGCACAUACUUCAAUGCCGUGUCUCCUCCAUAGCCCAUGCCAGGAUGAGCAGGCUGGAGGACAGUUGCUCUUUUUUGUGGACAUGGCGACUUGUUCUGUAUCUCAGGUGAUUAGUGGGAGCGCAGGAGGUAAAGUGCAUUGCCGACUACGCUAAUCAGGACUUUUCCAUUUUUUUUCACAGGGUGAUUUGAACUUCUUCAUGUUCAACAAGUUAGGGAUUAUCUUUUUAAAACUUAAAGUACAGAAAGAACCCAUUCUGGGCUUUUACUACAAAUGGCCUUUUUUAUAUUCUUGUAACCAUGUUUCUCAACCUAAUAACUAACGCACUGCUAACCAAAUCUUGCCUCUUGCGCUAGGUAUUGAUGUUGAACUGUAAAGUUACUGAUAUCAGAAUGUAUAGGCAAAGUGUAAACUUUAUUAUUUUAUUAAACGUGCACAUGUACAAAGUUU